AUGUCAUCGCUGGCACGUCGCAGAAAGUUCACCUCGCGAUCCUUGUCGGGCUGUCGAACCUGCCGCGCCCGCCAUAAGAAAUGCGACGAGUCGCCCGGCGCAUGCAACAACUGCGUCUCAACCGGCCGCAAAUGCGACGGGUAUGACCUCGCCCGCCUGCCAGCAAAGAAGUUCGCGCUUUUGAGCGUCCCCCCAGUCGCAUCCCGGCUAGGAUGGCACACUACUGCAGACGAGAUGCGGUCCUUCUCGUACUUCGUGCACUGCUCCAUCCCCAGCUUGGCGGCCUUCUUCGACUCGCCGCUGUGGCGCCGGGUCUCGAUGCAGAUGGCCCACCUCGACCGCGCCGUCUACCAUGCUGCCAGUAUGCUAGGUGCCAUCCAUGAAGACUCGUUCCAGAACCAGAUGCGUCUGUCGGGUGAGGAUCUCCUUGUGCCGCGGCACCGGUUUGCUAUUGAGCAGGCUUCGCGUGCCUUUUCGAUCCUGAACCAUCGCCAGGCUUCGCAGGACCCCCAGCUGCGGGAGGUCGUGCUGCUUUGCUGUCUGCUGUUUGUCAUUUCUGACUUGCUUUUGGGUCAGUAUGAUAGUGCCUUGCGGCACCUUCGCGGUGGCCUUGGGGUUUUAAAGGAAGCACUGGAGCAGGAGCAGCAACAACAGCGUGCAAUUCCCCUAGACUGUUCGUUGAUCGAAACAUAUCAACGGUUAGACGUCGAAUUCUCUCACUUUGGCCCUGGGAAGCCGUUCUUGUUCGUGGAUAUACAGCCAGAAGAGGAGGACUCUCCUGACCGAACUUCCCCACUGCACAGUCUACGCGACGUGCAUCAACGUAGCCACCAGCUGCUGAGCAUCGGCAUUCCAUUUCUCGCCAAGUGCUGGCCUCUCUCCGACGCUGAUAUUCAAGCCGACCACGACAAUCUGUACAGCCAGCAACAGCGCAUUCUCUCAUUGUGGUGCGAACUCAGCCCGCAGGUCCUAUCAUUUCGCGAUCGCUUCUGCCACAAGCUUAGCUACCGAGAACAACGCGCGCUGGAACUCUACAUCUUGCAAUUCCGUGGCCAGAUUGUCGGUAUCAAGACAUGUCUGUUCAACGGGUCUGUUCCUCCCGAGCUUGUCCCGGACUAUGAAGACUUGAUGACCUUCUACGAUACUUUCAUAGCUCGAUUCCCCGAACGCCCAACAAUCACUCUGGAUUAUGGCGUCCUUCCGAGUCUCUAUCUCAUCGCGUCCAGCUGUCCUGACUAUUCGAUCCGCUUGCGCGCGAUUAAUGCGCUACUCGACUGGCCGCAUUGCGAGGCGAUUAUCAAUUCAAAUGUAGUCGCUUCAUUGACCCUGCACUCGCUAAAGGUGGAAUUGGAGGCGAAUGACCAACAGCGGAUCUCGUGCCUCGAUGGACGAACGGACGAAGAACUGAGCCAGUUUAUAAGCAGCACACUGAAGUCAUCACAACAAGCCGCGAACUGGUCCACGAUUCGCGCGUCCAAGUUUCUUCUAGAGUGA